AUACUACCAAGCUACCAUGUUGUCUUUGGACAAUGUAGGCAUUAACAUCAAUUAAUUUCUCUGCCUAAUUAGUUAUUAGUAAUUUCUUAAGUAUGUAUAUCCAUUUUUAGUAGAGAUAUUCAACUCAAAUGUUGAACGGAGCAUGUAUCUUUAUAUAUUAGGGCAAGGGUACAAAAUGUCGGUUGGUAGAGCAAUUAUAAAGCUCAUUACAUUACAUAAAGAAGAGAAAUGCAGUUAAUAGAACUAAAGGACUAUGGUAGCAGAAGGGGCACGUUUGCGAGCCAACAAUGUCACAUGCCAAACUUCAAGGAGAGCCGAAUUCCGAGAAAUGAUGGUCCCCACCCGCCGAUUACUGGAUUGGAUCAGAAACAUCAUGACUACGCUUGUGAGUAUCGAGCUCCUCCUCUUGCAUACCUAGUUCCUCAACCUUGCUAAUAAUUUAAUUUCUGAAUUGUUGUUCUGUUUCAGAAUCAAUACUGGGAUAUUCUACAGGAAUCCUUACAAUGUGGCGGGCAUUUAUAAUCGUAGUUCAUAUCCUCUUGAAAACAGUCGCUAUGCCACUAUUCCUUAACCACGAUGGUACCUUUAUGCUGUUGUUUCAUUUUAUUUUGCCUGCUUUUUAGCUGCUGAGAUAAUGAUGAAAAAGAGAUGAGUGUUGAAUUUGGUUAUUGAUGUUUUAGCUUUUUUAGGUGCAUUAAAAAAUUUAAGCUCAUUUCUGAUGUUAGGUUCAAAAGUUAGGAUUUAGAUUCACUGUCUUUUCUUCAGUUUUAGGAAUCUAAGUAGAAGCUCUUUCAUAAUUAUGCGAAGCACGAGCUGGUU